AUGAAUCUGUCCACCAAUCUCUUUGCCAAGGCUCCUGCGGACUGGAUGACCCACGAAAAGCUGCCCACCAACUACCUGCCCGAUCCCGAGCUCGUAUGGAUGAUGGAAAAUAUCGACGAGCUUUACCGCAAGGCCAACCGCGCCAUGGACUCGAUCGAAUCGGCUCGCCAACUUGGGAGCUCGAACAUGCGCCUCGAGAGGAUCACCGGGCUCAAACAACUGGAACCGAAGUGGAAGAAAGCCGGACAGCGGAUCACACAGCUGGAGGCUACUCUGAAGGACAAGGAUCGCGCGUACGAAAAGCUCAGACAGAAGCAGAUAGCAACGGAGAAAGAGCGCGCGAGACUUGAAGAGCAGCUGAAGGAGAAAGUAUCCGGAACCGCUUCAGAUCGUGGUGGCGCGGGCUCUGGUAAUGACUCGAUCGUGAAAGAUAUGGCCAACAUCAAGCUCGACAAGUAG